UAUUCCGAAAAUUUUGUUAAUAACAUUGUAUUCUUUUAGACCUUACAAAUCAACUGCAUAUAAAAUGAGUUUAAAAGAUUUUGAGACACUGAAGAAAAGAUUAAGGUCUGGGAUAGGUAGGAUUGAGUAUCAGCUCCAUCUGCAGGAUUUCAACGAGCAGAGGGUUUCCAAGAAGGGCGAGGAGAUUAUUGAAACGCUGACAGAAUCCAUCGAGGACAUCUAUACAGAAAAGCUAAACGAGGUCAAGUCUCUCAAAUCCCUGAUGCUUGCAGAUUUAGAUCUAGUGAAAGAUCAGAUUAGGAUAGAGUCUUCACAGAUCAAGGAGAUGAUGUCCAAAAAGAAUAAAGAGUACUUGGAGCUGUUAAGUCUCUGCAACUCAGUGAUUAAGAGCAAGGACCUGGAGCAGUACGUCUGGAUGUUCAGGAAGCUUGACCAGCUGGACCUGGAUGAGAACCUGAAGGAGUUGAGAGUUCAAGUUCCGGAAUUAUCUCAAGAAACCGGAUAUAAAAUCAUCUGCCCUUUAUAUUUCUUCGACUUUUCAAAUGACAAAAGAGGGAAUUCUGCUGAUGAUAGUGAGCUUACAUCUUCAUUCACUGCAGGUGGUAAGGAUCAACCCUACACUACCACAAAAGGACCUGAAGGAAACCACUCCCCCACUUAUAAAGCUAGGCAUGGAGAAAACUUCUCUCCCACUGAAGAUAAAAUUGAAUCAAACCAAUUUCUAGCUGGGAAGAAAAUUAAAUUAUACCAACUCGAAACGACAUCUGUAUCAAACCAAACCAUAGAUAGACCCGAAACAAACCUUCAGCAUAUUAAAACCUACCCAGCUGUAGAUGGAACUGAAGUUAAUCUACCCUGUCACAAUAUUAGAUUUAGAGCCGACCAAUUCCCAGGAGGAAAUCAACCUGAAGAGAAUUUAUCAUAUUACAAAACAAAACACGAGAUAACCCUAUCACAUAUUAUAGAUAGACAAGGAGCAAAUCAAACUAGCUCUGGAGAAAAUCAAUCUCUACUUGGAGCAAGGGCUGCAAGACGUGGUGGAACCUCUAACGGAACUAGAGCUGGAGUAAACCAACUCAGGGUCGAAGAAAGACCUGGUUUAAGUGACUUUUCUCCAGCUGGAGAUGGAUCAACUGUUAGACAUAAAUCUGAAGCAAGGCCAUCCUAUACCGAACCCAGACAUGGCGCAAACAAAUCCCCAACUAUAGUUGAUCCUGGAGCAAACCACUCUAUUAGCAAAACGAAAUUAGAAUCGAACCUAUGCUAUAACAACACUGUAACUGAAGCCAAGGAACCUCUUGCUGUACCAGGAUACAGAACAAACCCUGCUACCACAUAUAAUGCUCACGUUGAAGAGAAGAGACUUUCACUUGGUUCUUCCAGAUUAACAAAAAAGAAUCAGAGGGUUUUAUUACAAGGAUUGGGAUUAAACUUAAAGAGUUCUAGUGAUCAAUCCUACUCAGAGAGUGAAGUUGAGCAGUCCAUGGACAGUCUGCCCCCGGGAUACAAGUACUCAGUGGAGGUUAUUGGUGGCAGGGUUGGGCAUUUUUAUGUAAAACUGAACAAAAGCAAGUUCAGUUGUGAGCUUGAAGGAGUAUCUGAUUCUAAGGAAAUUAAUGCGGAUUUCAAGAAAAUUCUCGCAGCAAACUCCUGCAUUAGGGUUCAGGUAAUUCAAGUGGAUAAGAAGGCUAAACAUCGAGUUAACCUCUUCUUAUGCUCUAAACAGAACCAAGAUGAUUGUCAGGAUAUCCGGGAACUCUUCAAGUUUCUGGGAUACUCGGUGGAAAUGUUUAUGAGUAGUAGUGCAGGGGUAUCUAUAUCGGCGCUGGGCUCUUUCUUCCACCUUUUCCCUCUUGGGACAGAGAGAAAGGUGUUCUACGCUUCAGAAACAGUUGGUGAAAAUGUCCCUGUUACUCCUGACAACAUUCUUGUGUUUUCUGAUGACCCAUCCGUUCAACAUCUUCUGCAGCAACUUGAAUGCAUCCAGGAUGAGUACCUUAAGUAUGGUGUUAGACCUGCUGGACCUGUCAAACCUGAUGAUAUUAUUGUAGUUCAAGCAGAAGGAAUAUUCUACAGAGGCAGAGUUCUAAGCUUCAAUUCUCAGGAAAGGAGAGUGCGAGUUAGAUUUGUUGAUGUUAAUGGAGAGAUUGAAGUAUCUUGGUGGGACUCCUACACCCUUCUUAAACAGUUUAACAUACCUCCGGUUCUUGUAAUGACAAGGAUGUUCAAUGUAGGACCAAAAGGCGAUGUAUGGAAUGAAGAAGUUUCUGAUGCCCUGCACACUCUACUGAUUAGUGAAUCUCUAACCAUGAAGGUUGAGAAGGUUUUAGAGGAUGGACUUCUGGUAAACUUCUACAGCAGGGAGGACAGUCUUCGUUUCAAUGUUGAAAAGCGUCUGUUUAACAUGGGACUUAUUGAAAGAUUGGAUGGCAACCUCAGAAAUAUAUCAGCUGAAACCUCUGACAAUAUUGAUGUUGUAAUUGAGGAGGUUAGAGACAUUCCUUCUAGAGAAUCUUUUAUCAGACCAGAAACUCUUGUCAAAAAAGAUCAAAGGGUUAAUAAGGAAAGUUCUGCAACUGAAAGAAAUGCAUGGAAACCUUUUGGAAACCAAAUUGAGCACACAUGUACUAGAGUGGAUAAACAUCAGGAGGUUUCUCAGGCUAACCCUAAUAUCCUUAUUUCAAAUCAAGACACUUCGCACAAUACUUCUGGUAUUCUAUACAACACCAGUAAAGAUAAGUGUUCUUUUGAAGAAACAUCAGAUACAGGAACAUCUAGCCCUGGUAGCCAGCCGAAGCCACUGGUGUCAUGCCAGGCAAAGCUAACAAGUCAGAUCCUUACCCCUGAAAAUUCUAAAGUUCACCCUAAUUUGAAGGAAACUUGUCUGAGGAUUGAUCCUCCCUGUACAACUGCUAGAGAUGUUCUCUUCAAAUAUUGUAGCACUGGAAUCUCUAAACAAAGCAGUAAACCUCUUGUGAAUUCGAAUUUUAAUCAAAUUUCCUUCAAAUCUGACAUCAAUGACAAUGACAUCAGUGAUGCCACCAUCACUGAAUCUACUGAUGCCACCAUCACUGAAUCUACUGAUGACGAAGAUGAAGUUAGAAGUCCCCAUCCUGCUGAUCUUGAUACCCUUUUUUAUCCUGAGAAUGAAGUAACUGAUAUGAACAACAAAGAGAUUCGAAUCUUGUAUGUUCAAAGUCCCUUAUGUAUCCAAAUGCGUAGAUGCAUGGACGAAGCCUAUGUAGAAAACAUGUUGGGGAUGAUAAACAACAGCUUGGAGCGUGAUCUCCCUGUCCCAGUCUCCCCUCACAGUAUUCAGGUCAACUCACUGUACCUGGCUUGGAUUGACGGAGUGUAUCAGAGAGUCGUUGUAACAAAGAUAACGGAUAAAGCUGCAGUUUUCUGUCCCGAUCUAGGCAUUUAUCAGAGCAUUGAAUUCAACCAGUUAUUCAUGAAAACUGAAAAAAUGUUGCGACAUGCUUGUCACACAUUUAUUUUUAAGAUACGGGGUGUGCUGCCAUUAGACCAUGAAACAUGGACUGAUGCUCGCUUAAAGCUUACCAACCUAGGAAAGGUCUACAAAGUUUUCCUUCGUAAUGUGGAAAAAGGCGAGGAUGGAUUCGUUGGAGAUCUUGAGUUUUUCAAAGAGAAGAACCAGGAAGACAACAAUUCAAUCCUUGAUCCAGUUGAGCCUGGAAUACUAGCUUCUGAUUACCUCACCAGGUAUUCACUAGCAAGGAAGAGUAAGCAAAUCAAGCAGUUUGAGACCAUUAAGCCUCUUCCUCCUGCUCUGCCAGUUACCCCACUUGCUUCAUUAAACACCGGUAUUUCCUAUCCAGACGUUUCAGCUCAAGAAGGAACAAAGUUCUCUGGGAUUAUCUCUGGGAUUGAUGACAACUUCGUAUUCUGGAUAUUACCUAAGUCUCAGUAUAAAAACAGAGACCGUAUCUACAGCAUUACUAGUCACUGUGAGCUGUCCAACUCUGUCCAAAUUUCCAAGGGGGAUAUAUUACUGGACUGUACUGAAGUUGAGUCUCCAGUCCGGGUCAUGAUCGUCAAGAAACUAAAUCACGACAUCUACCAAGUCAUAGAGAUCGACGCAGGAGGCGCGAUUUAUGUUCGCAGCCGAACAACUCUCCGUCAGGUUCCAAAGAAGUUUGAAUCUAUUCCGCCGACGACUGUUCCAGUCCAACUUUAUGGCCUUAAGAAACAAAUAGAUUGUCGGUCUGGGAAGCAGCUUUUGGACAUAGUGAGGAUGGAUCAUCCAUCCUUGUUUUGCGAUGUUCACGUCAAGGUUCCAACCCCUUUAUAUCCCAAGCAAGCUGUUAUACUGAUGGAAGGAGGAGUUAACCUUGCAUUAAGACUAUUAGAGACAAGAGGGUUCAAGUUGUGCUCCGGACUCGAGGAUUGGAUGACAGAAGUGAAAUCAAGUGGACUAGACUGGAUUGAAGGAAACUCUCCAGAACUCUCUUCUCCUCCCCCUUCCUUCUUGCCAUUGCAGGUUGGGAUGGCAUUCAUGAUGACACCGACAUCCUUCCUGGAGAAUAUUUCUAAUGAACCAGUUGAUUCUCACACGAGAGGGCUGAUUGUACAUCCCAUCCCAGCAAGUAAGGAGCUGACCCGUGUGAUCAGCCAGGAGGGGUCGAAGGAGUCCUGGGAGUUAAGUGUGGAACUGGAGAAAUCUAAUCCUUGCGUCUCUAGACUUCACAAAGUCUUCAAUGAAAGGAAGGAGGAAUACAAAACGGUGUCGAUGAGUGAAGCUACCUCGGAAAACUGGAAAGUUGGAAACAAAGUUUUAGCAUUCUUCGAAGAUGAUGAGAAUCCGAAUAUGAAUGAAUGGACUAGAGGGGUGAUAGAAGCUGUAGAUAUCCUUGAGAAAACAGCCAGUGUUUACUUUUCUGAUUACAGAUACAUCGGGACAGAUAUACCGUUCAGAAACCUUCGACCUGCUUCCUGGAAUUAUUUGAUGGAACCCGUUCAAUUCCUAAAAACAAGGUAUGGAAUUCCCCUCGAUCAACAUGAUGCUAAGAUGGUUUUGAAGGAACUAGAAGACACUAGUUCAUAUAAAUUGGCAAAGGUUGAGAGGAUUGAUUAUGAGAAAGAAGAGGUGUUUAUCAAAAUUUUCUCCGUAAAGGUGAAGAAGACAGGCAGUGAAGUUGAAAUCUACAAACUUUAAAUGCUUAUGUCUCUGCGCACAUUGACGUCGAGUUAAGAAUUUUUUUUUGCAACUACCCGAUUACUUCAAAUGUAAAAAUUGAUUUAAACUCUGUACUUAAUUUGAUGUGCGCAAAUUGUUUUGUACCAUACAGAAAAGUUGCAUCGGGUACAAUUACAUACCAUAUAUUUUUUGUGUUUUUUUGUGAUUUAUUAACCAUUACUGAGGUUUAGUUUUUUUGGUCAGUAAACUAAUUUUUUAUGUAAAAUUCAAUUUUGAAAACUAUUGUGCUAUAUUUCCUCUCUCUUUUUGCGUUAGUAGCUAAAGUUUAUUUGUAAAUUGUAAAUUUAAUUUUGAUAUUUUGCAGCAAAACUUCUUUGCUAAUUUUUUUUCAUUUCGAUAAUUUCAGAAUAAAACAUUGCAAAGAGAAUAUUUAGAAUAUUAGAGAGGGUGCUUCUGAUGUUAUGAUUUUCCAGUCAUACGUUAUCUUCCGUUUAGAACUCGUUCCCCUUAUCUUAUUCGUUAUAUGGUAGAUAACAAGCUAACAUGAGAACCUAGAAUUUAGAGACUCGAGGUCUUCUAGAGGUCGUAGUUCAUCAUUAUCUCUCUGCAGCAUGCGGGCUCCUCAACUCACUUGUUAAGUACGUGAAUUUGGUCCAAAGAUACGGGUGUCAAUAACCAGGGGAUUAUAGUGACUUCUUUUAGUCAUCUUAAGCCAACGCGGCAGUUUUUGUAAACAUUGGAGAACGUCGAAAUCUCCGAAAGCUUAUAGUUGAAGGUGAUAAACGAUUCUUAAAAAUCAAAAUCAAAGGACUAGAAGGUGUCUGCUCUCUCUCUUUUUUUUUCUUAAUUUUUCCAGGGGGGCGACGUCCCCCAUUAUUUCCAUGGAUGCCAGAUAUCUCUGUACAGAAAAUCUGCAGAGCAGAGUCUAUGAAUGCAAAGCGGAAGAAUUAUCACAAGAUCUGUUCUGCAAAUGAAAAUCAAGACAGAUAUUGUAAUAUAAGCCCUGAAUUGAUCAUGCCAGAAGAUUAUACAAUUUCAAUAGUUCUUCAUACACACAACAGCUCAAAGGACUACAGAAUCUCAGCUCCAGCUUAUAAAUGGGGAAACUAUCCUUGCAUAACCUGUAAAACUAACCCUCAUUCACACAAGAUCAGAGUAAGAUAUCCAGUACUGGUUUCUAGCUCUAUAUUAAACCGACAUGCGGCCUGUCCCAGGUCGUAUUUACCAGUAUACGAUCCUUACAGGCCCCUACCCUGAGGCUUACAUCUGAUUAUCUAAUAGGGGUGCUGACGGGUCGGGUAACCCCUUUUUCUUCUAAGUUCAUUUAGAGGACAAAUGAGUUCCUUCGGUAUAAAUAAAUAUUAAACAACUGACAGGGCAUGCGAUCGCUAAAUGGAUAUCAAGGAGAUGAGAUCCACAUAGAUUAUCCAACUAUACCAGGAGCAACUGUCCGUGAGCUUGAACAUACCAUUAUGGCGGAGUUUGGAAAUGGUCUUCGUGCUGUAGACGUCCUUUUAGUUGCAGGAUUAAACGACAUUCUUCGAGGUGCUAUAGGUCAUGAAAUAUUAGAAGAUAUUCAACAGUCCAGUGACUCUGUUAGAGCAAUCUCUGCCAAGCCUGGAGAUACGUGUUUAAAGCUCUUCUCUCCUCUUUAAAGGGACAGACCGGCUAUGUAAGGUACAUAGUUAAACUGUGCAGUGUUGUGGGUGGACAAAUUCUUCAGGAUUCAUUUGAUACAUUAAAAACUUUUUUAAGCUCUGUAAAUCCCGAGUUUGAGCGCAAAGCCGACGUUCAUAAUCGUACUUUUUGGUGGAAACGUUUUCAGCAUUAGUGUUUUUUAUUGUUAUUAAAUUACGACGACACAACACAAUUCUUCAGUAAACUGAUCUUAUUCAAUUAUUAGUUUCUAUAGUCACUCAUCAUUCACAAAUAUUUUCUGCAGAUUUUCUGGAAGUUUUAUUUAAAAGACUUUUCCACGCCGUCUUUUUAUUUUAAAUGAAAAGUCAAAACGUUCGCAGAUGUUAAAGAAGCCAAACAUAUUAUACAUUUAUAGAUGAAAAGUUUGUUUGUUUGCCGAAAACGUAAUUGUACAUAAUUAUUCCAUUACAAAUGUGCUGCGAAAAGUAGCUCAUAAUAUAUCAUAUAUUUUCGAAUAUUAUCGAUCAGUAUUAUAUAUUGUUGAUAUUUUGUUAAUUAUUACAUAUUUCUAGUAAAGUCAAUAAGAAGUUUUCCAUGGAUGAGUGGCGUGGCCCCCCAAUUUUUCAGGGGGGAGUCAAUCCCUGCCCCCACCACCACCACAAUAAGUCGCCUCUGUAACCCUCCAUGCCCCUUCCCAGUAAAUAGUCCUUUACAGGCCCUUAACUUUAGUUUCGUAAUUAGGAAUUUUAAAUAAGUUUUAGCUCCGACAUUUCUUAUUUGUUGCAUCAUCCCAGAGUACACUUCAUAAACAGUCAGGUUUCGUAACGAAGAGUUCAAGAUGUAUAUCAAGGAUUCCAUUUUGCAACUUCCUUCGAUGCAUUAUGUUAGAUAAAUCUUCAUGUGAAAUUUUUCCUAAUUCUAUGAAUAAUUUCAGA